UUUUAGGUGCCCCCUCAGGAUGCCGGAGUAGUUGCGCUCGCCAAUGAGAGUCUCCAGUGUGAAUGUCCUUCAUUUCUGGCAACUGAACUUGCCUUCACGGAUCCCAAUUUGUAUAAAAAAUAAAAUAAAAAAUAAAAAGAGGAAAGAGGAAACGAAUAGCUCAGGUUCGUCGCCGCUCCUCGCACUGCCCUCGAGCUCCUCGAUCGCGUGACAUUCUGGAGCGUUUAAAACAACUUUAACUGCGCGCGACAUGGAGUGCCGAGUGCUGUCUAUUCAGAGUCAUGUCGUGAGAGGAUACGUGGGGAAUAAAUCGGCAUCCUUCCCGUUACAGGUUAUGGGGUUUGAAGUGGACUCGAUCAACUCUGUUCAGUUCUCCAACCACACAGGGUACUCACACUGGAAAGGACAGGAAUUGACUGCAGAUGAACUCCACGUCCUCUACGAAGGGAUCAAACUGAACAAUGUCAACCACUAUGACUACGUACUAACAGGUUACACUAGAGAUACAUCAUUUCUGGAGAUGGUAGUUGAUAUUGUACAAGAGCUUAAAAGGGCCAAUCCCAACCUUGUAUAUGUUUGUGACCCUGUCCUAGGUGACCAUGGUUCAAUGUAUGUUCCUCAGAAUCUACAUCCCGUGUACAAGAAUAAAGUGGUACCAGUGGCUGAUAUUAUCACACCAAACCAGUUUGAGGCCGAGUUAUUGACGGGGAAGAAAAUCAGCACAGAGAAAGAUGCUGUCGAGGUGAUGGACCUGCUACAUAAAAUGGGUCCAGACACUGUGGUCAUCACCAGCUCUGAUCUGCCCUCUCGACUCGGAGACAGAUUCCUGGUGUCUCUUGGCAGUCAGCGCAUUUUGAUGCCAGACGGUACAAGGAUGACCCAGCGGAUCCGAAUAGAGGUACCGAAAGUGGAUGCUGUGUUUGUGGGGACCGGUGAUCUAUUUGCUGCUAUGCUGCUGGCAUGGACUCAUCAUUACCCAACAGACCUGAAGACGGCAUGUGAGAAGACUUUCUCAGUUAUGCACCAUGUUAUCCAGAGGACUAUCUCUUAUGCCCAUGAGAUGGCAGGCCCUGGUAGAAGACCCAGCCCGGCCCAGCUGGAGUUACGGAUGGUCCAGAGUAAAGCGGACAUAGAGGAUCCAGCCAUAGUGAUGAAGGCCACUGUUCUAUAAAGCUGCCGCCACACACCACAUCUUAUCCACUCAUCACCCUCCGCUCACAACUGCACAAUGUAUAGAUGUUGUACAUUUUGAUAUGUAAUGUGACAUUGCCUUAGAAUCUCAGCCAGAGCACAACAGUUCCAUUUCAAGAGAUUCAGCAGGGUACAGCCAAACAAGCCAGAGGGCGAAAGCAAUUAUAACACAGAGAAAAAAGAGAAGGGGAGAAACAAAUGGGAGAGAUCAUCACCCUUUCUCAUUCACUCUUUUUGUCCAUUAUUACCAUUUCUCUCUUUCUCUCUCUCUCUCCUGAAGCUCCUCAAGAACUUCUGUUCAUCCUGCACAUAAAGCCCAGUCACUGACAUUUCCACACCAGGUCAGUUAUGUACCGAAACUGCCGUUGUUCUAGUUCGGACCAAUGAAAUAAAUUAUUGGCGUCAGUAUGGGUAUAACGCUUGUAUCUACACUUAGUACUUUUGAGUGAGAGGAGCAAGGACUGUUGAGCAUUUUUGAACACAACAUCAAGAUGUUCUGUAUAAGAUACCUGGACCUACUUUGAAAAGAUAUAAUAGCCAAACUUAAAAAUAAGCAAGUACGUUGUUAAGUGUGUAUUACUGACCCAAAGCACUAAUUUGUGUAAAAGAGUCCAACAUGUGUCUGAAAUCUGUGUAUUUUAUUGUUGUGUGACUAUUUUCUCCCAAAAAGGGAGAUUUUAUUGAAGACAUGCGCUGCUGUAUUUGUGACUUUGAUGUUUUUUAGUGAGAAGAUGUACUGUAAUAAUUUUUAGGCCUUGCUCAUGUUUAUGAUUUAAUUCUCUUUCCAUUGAUUUCAUUUUACAUUGAGCAUUUACUGUAGAAAUGCAGAACUUCUAGCAUUUCAUUUUUGUUUGUCAGUGUAAUUGUUAACAUUGUCAUCUCAUUUCCGUUGAACUGAUUGUAUUUGCAUCGAUAAUCUACUUGUUUGUACAGGCAGAAAAGACUUAUAAAAGUAGUUUUAACUUUUGAUUUGACAGUAUUUUCAUAUCUUAUAAGAAAAGACUUGUAUGAAGUCAGUUACUGGGGAACUUCUUAAAAAUGCCUUGACAAAAAUAGCUCUAUAUACGUGGUAGUCUGGUGACCUGCGCCAAAUUCUCUCUCUCUGUGUUUUAGAACAUGGUGGUUUAUGGUUACAAAGCUGUGAGAGAAAAUAAAAGGCAGAUGAGUUAUAAUUUA